UGUAAACUAUUCUAAGCGUUUAACGUCGUUUCGAACAUCAUUCGUUGCAAUAUUCUUGCUCACAAUUUGUGGCGGAAUAUGCUAAAUAUGGAAAAAAGAUAAUAUCGAGCAUCAGAUUCGAUUGCACGGUGAAGUUCCCCCAAACAUGGCCCACACGUCGAGUGACGUUUGAAACGGUGCCGCUGUUGUUUACAUUGUGAGUGUUGUUGCCGGUACCGGGAGCCAAAACCCGUACUAAUUCCAGCGGCAAAAUGUAUCACCGAAACUUGGCCCACCUGAAUCCGUACGAACUGCACAAACAUCUCAUCAAUGAGUACAUGCUGAUCAAGCCGGGCGCUACCAAACUGCUGCAGCGUGACACUUCCCGCGACAAAACGGACCACGAUGUGGUGCGCGAGAACCAUCGGUUCCUGUGGGAUGGCGAAACGGUGGACAGUUGGGAGAAGCAGCUGGCCAAAAAGUAUUACGACAAGCUGUUCAAAGAGUACUGCAUUGCCGACCUGAGCCGCUACAAAGAGAACAAGGUUGCCAUGCGUUGGAGAAUCGAAAAGGAAGUCGUCGUUGGCAAAGGUCAAUUCGUGUGCGGCGAUCGGAACUGUGAAGAGCGAAGCGAACUGCGCAGCUGGGAGGUCAACUUUGGAUAUCUGGAGCAGGGACAGAAGAAGAACGCUCUGGUGAAAUUGCGAUUGUGCCCUAAAUGUUCAGACAGGCUAAACUAUCACUCUAAAAAGAGAGAAAUCAAACGACUGAAGAAGCGGGAUCGGAAAACGAAGACUUUCAGCGAUUGCAGGGUUAGCGUUGAAGCUCCCACUAGUUCCGUUGCAAAACCAAUUUCGCAGGGUAAUGCUGUCGGAACAAUUUCCGACGGAACGACCCCGGAAGACGGAACGGCACCAGCGGAAGAUGAAAAGGAUAGUUCCACCGUGCCUGAUGUCACCGAAGGAAGCUGGAGUAAAGGAAACGAAGUGGAAGAAAAAACGCGCGAAGAAGAAUUUAAUGAGUUUUUAGAGGAUCUCUUGCUGUGAGAUCUUGUAAAUGCAAUUUCUAUAUGAUCCGCAAACAUCUCCUGAUCCGGCUUACCGACAAGAACAAGAUUGCAACCUCUAUCCUUACUGCAAAUACUUAAUAAGUAAGCUACAGUCGCCUUCGCAGUCUUGGCAUGCAGCAGAAGUGUUUUAAACCGCUCACUGGAUAACUUUGGAUCUUAUAUUUCAGUGGCGCAUGUGAGUACUGGACAGCGCGACUUUCAAGGUUCUAUAUUGUGUCCAUCUUCGAUCGUUGGGACGGGUGUUUUAAGAUGGAAAAGUUUUUUCUGCCUCAAAAACUUCCUUGCUUCGAGUAUAGAUUGAAACCUUCUUUAUCGGCACAACAACCUCAAAAAGUCUAAGGUCUGCCAUCUCUAGCUUUCUUUUAUUAUAUGUACCCGUAGCUAGAUAGUCAGUUCCGCGAACGGAGGAUAGGUCUGGAUAAGAAUUUAGACCGGUCCUAUCGUGUUAAGACCGAUGUCUCUACCAACACACCACCGUGCCAGUUGAAACCACUCCUAUAAUAUUUAGAUAAACGCGAUACGAUGAAAGUUAUUUUAUUAAAUAUAAUAUCAGCUACACUUAGUUGAGGUGGGCGUAGAGGUAUUAUUAGUUCAAGUUCUAGUUGACACCAAUACUGGAUUAUUUUCAAGUUGUAACGGAAUAGGUGGCAUUUUGACCUCUGUUGUGCCAUCUGCUUUGAUUUGAUGCUUUGACUUUGAAAAGCUUUUACGAAUGUAGGUGAGUUGAAGCUCAAGAAAGGUGGAUAGAUGUUACAUCUACAUCAUCUGCAUCUUACCCAUAUUCCAAUUCAACUAAUAAUGAAAACAUUGAAAAUAACUUGAAAAUAAACUAUAAAUGACUAAAACUUUAACAUUAUCACUGAACCACUGAAAAGAACUUUCACUAUUACAUUUAUAGCACAACGUGAACAAUGUGUGGUAACAUAAUAUAAAAGUUUAAUAUCUUCUAAAAACACAUAGACUUCAGCUCUUGUAAUGUAAUGUUUCGCACGUGAAUUACUGCUUCUUUACGCUAGAAUGAGUUCCUAGGAUAUU